GGGUGCUGCAUGGGCUUUUGGGGGCUUCUGUUGUUCUGGGAUCUGUAUUUCCACCCAUGAAGGGAGGUGUCCCUCACCCACUUUCAGCUCCUUCCAAAGUGGCUGCACCCUUCUAGGGAGAUUCCACCUGCAGAAGGUCAGGGGUCUCAGGUGAUGGCAGAGCUCCUUACCCACAUCCAGCUCUCAGGAGAGUGUGCUGUGUGACCCCAGGCCCCAGGAUGAUGCCUGAAGACCCCAGGGCUUUGUACCCCUCAUCAUGUGCCCACAGCCCAUGGGUGGGCAGGGGCCUCUUUAUGUCCUUGAAUUCACUUUGCUCCACACAGUAUCUCUAUCCAACAGACAUCUGCCAGUCGAAAGAGCAGACUGCCACCCUGUCACCUGUGCCCCCAACCCAGGAUCUGCUAGGAGGCAACAGGGAGGCUGCCCGUGGGCCAGGAGGUGGGACUGGAGCAGGCCUGGGCACUCUUCAGCAGCUCAUUGCCCAACGUUCCUUCCCUUCUACCUGCACAGCAGAGGGCCCUGGGGCCUUGGCUUACAACUGGGCCUUGGGAGGAAGCCCAUAGAACACAGAGUCCCAUUGACUGAGGCCACCAGGGCUGGGUGGGAGGAGAACCAGCCAGCCACUGGGUGUUGGGGGUGGCCGUGGGAGCCCUUAUCAUCCUGUUCUAAGUGAGGACUGCCUGAGGGGGAGAGUCUUGCUCAGCCCCAGCUCUGGAGCACAGGUGAGGGCUGGGAGGGGCCCGCCCCUCCUGCCUGCUGGGGGAGAGGGGACUCCCUCCAGGCCCAUGGCCCCUCCCUCUCCUCCUGGGGCAAGGUGGCAGGGGUUCGUGUGGAGCCCAGGAACCAGCCCAGCUGGGAGAAGAUAAAAACGCCAUUGGUGGCUCAGCAGCUCCCGCACUGCCUCCUGCUCUCAGCCUGCUCUCGGCCGCUCUGCCAGCCAUGAGAUCCUCCCUGUCUCGGCAAACCUACUCAACCAAAGGAGGCUUCAGCUCCAACUCAGCCAGCGGAGGGGGCGGGUGUCGAACCCGCACCAGCUUCAGCUCCGUGACCAUGUCCCGGAGCAGUGGCGGUGGUGGUGGGGCUCGCUGUGGCCCCAGCACCAGUGGCUUUGGCAGCCGGAGCCUCUAUAACUUGGGAGGCAGCAAGAGCAUCUCUGUCAGUGUGGCCGGAGGGGCCUCCUCGGGUCGGGCUCUGGGGGGCUUCGGCUUUGGCAGUGGGGCCUACAUGGGCCUGGGGGCUGGCAGGCAGACCUUCGGGCCUGCUUGUCCUCCAGGGGGGAUCCAGGAGGUCACUGUCAACCAGAGCCUGCUGACCCCCCUCAAUGUGGAGAUAGACCCAGAGAUCCAGCGGGUGCGCACCCAGGAGCGUGAGCAGAUCAAGACCCUCAACAACAAGUUCGCCUCCUUCAUCGACAAGGUACGUUUCCUGGAGCAGCAGAAUAAAGUGCUGGAGACCAAGUGGGCUUUGCUGCAGGAGCAAAGCCAGAACAUGGGUGUCACCAGAAACAACCUGGAGCCCAUCUUUGAGGCCUUCCUGAGCAGCCUGCGGAGGCAGCUGGAUAGCAAGCAGGACGAGCGGGGGAGAUUGGACUUGGAGCUGAGGAACGUGCAAGAUCUCCUGGAGGACUUCAAGAACAAGUACGAGGAUGAAAUCAAUAAGCGCACCGCUUUGGAGAAUGAGUUUGUGGUGCUCAAGAAGGAUGUGGAUGCUGCGUAUAUGGGCCGAAUGGAUCUGCAUGGCAAAGUGGACUCCUUGACCCAGGAGAUUGACUUCCUCCAGGCUCUCUAUGAAAUGGAGCUGAGCCAAGUGCAGACCCACGUGUCUGACACCAAGGUCGUCCUGUCCAUGGACAACAACCGCAGCCUGGAUCUGGACAGCAUCAUUGCCGAGGUCAAGGCCCAGUAUGAGCUGAUUGCCCAGAGGAGCCGGGCGGAGGCCGAGGCCUGGUACCAGACCAAGUACGAGGAGCUGCAGGUGACGGCAGGGAAGCAUGGGGACACCCUGCAGAACCUCAGGGACGAGAUUUCGGAGCUUACCCGCAUUAUCCAGAGGCUGGAGAUUGAGUUGGAGGCGGCCAAGAAGCAGUGUCAGAAGCUGCAGGCGGCCAUCGAGGAAGCGGAGCAGCGUGGGGAGAUGGCACUCAAGGAUGCGAAGAAGAAGCUCGGGGAUCUGGACACGGCCCUGCACCAGGCUAAGGAGAACCUGGCCCGGCUGCUGCGUGACUACCAGGCCCUCAUGAACGUCAAGCUGGCCCUGGACGUGGAGAUUGCCACCUACCGCAAGCUGCUGGAGAGCGAGGAGAGCAGGAUGUCUGGAGAAUGUCCCAGCACUGUCAGCAUUUCUGUGACUGGCAACUCCACCACCAUGGUUGGAGGCAGUGCGGCUGGCUUUGGGGGUGGCGUCUCCCUAGGUGGGAGCGGGGGUGGCUUCAAGGCUGGAUUCAGCACGAAUGUGGGCUACAGCAAUGUCAAAGGCGGGGUCGGCUCCGGGGGCACCUCCAUCCUGCGGAAGACCACCACGGUCAAGACGUCCAGCCGGAGGUACUAGCCUCUGAGACGUGCAUGCCGGGGGCCCUGCAGUCAGUCCUCUCACUGCCCCAUCCCCAUCCCUGCUACCCUCUCCAACCUUCUCAGGAACAGCCCUGGGGACCACAGACCCGUGUUUUUUCACACCACACUAUUUGGGUACGGUUUGUAUUGGGGGAAAGGCUCAAAUCUACCCAGUUUUUCUCCUGGGAGGUUAAGGUCCUCAUCUUGAGCAGCAUGGUCGAGUGAUCUGAUGGUGACCACUGAGAGGAGACUGGGUGUCCCAGGCCACCUCUGUCUCGCUCACCGCCUCUGCCUUUCUGCUGGGAGUCCAGGGCUGGCGGGGGAGGAAGGGGGAAGUGAAGAGUGGUUCCCCAAGAUCCUCCAACCUCCCCAGUCACCCACCCCCUCCUCCACCGCGUCCCCGUUCUGUGCCUGUGAUCUGUCUCAAUAAACUUCAACUCCAGUCA